AUGAAAAUCUCUAAAUCUCUAGGGACUGUUUUGGUUUCUGUUCUUCUCUAUGUUUCUUCUGUUCCACCAUUUGCCAUAUGUUCAUCUCUUGAUGUCACCAUUGAUAACCAUUCACCAAGCAAUCUCAAGAACAAAGGAUCCAUAGCAGAAGACAAGUUGAGUCAUCAAAUGAUUAGCAGCAUUAAGCUACAUGGCCUUCUCUUAUGGGUUUCCAUGGGAAUUCUUAUGCCUAUGGGGAUUCUCUUCAUUAGAAUGGCCAAUAAAGCUCAUGAAAAUGGAAGAAAAUUUAAAGUAUUCUUCUACCUUCAUGUCAUUUUCCAGAUACUCGCAGUGGUUUUGGCAACAAUAGGAGCAAUAAUGUCAUUAAGAACAUUGGAUAAUUCUUUUGACAACAACCAUCAAAGACUUGGCUUGGCUCUUUUUGCUGCCAUGUGGCUCCAAUUCUUGACGGGUGUCUUCAAGCCCUCUAGGUAUAUGCCUCACACUUGUCGUGUUUCUAUUGGCUGCAUUGUAGAGGGAGCAAAAGGAGAUUGA